CCCGCUUCUUCGGAAAACACGGCAGCGGCGAUAUGCGCAUAGGGCUGGGAGCUGUUCCAAAAGCUUCUAGUCUGGUGCCGUAGGUAUCGUGCCCUGUGUGGGACUUUUUUUCCCACUAAAUUCCGGCUCUCUAUUUCUUCUUAAAUAUGGGCCAUUGUCCACCGGAUCGGAUUGUGGGCUGCAAAAGGAAGAACUCAGGGCAGUUUUUUCCUUUUUUUCUUUUUUCCCUUGGUCCUUGUAUAUCUUUCUCAUUGUUGGUAAUAACUUCCUUCACACUCGAUCACGCAACAGCGGUGCAUUGUUGAAAUCUAGCGUCAUAUACGGUAGACUAAUGGAGGGGGCACGAACUGCGCGGAGCUCCACUGCGGAGGGAGCCAUAGAGGGCGAUUCUCCGACAAAUCCCUCUAACCCUCCAGCUCCGAUAAACAGCGAUGAUAGCAAUAAACCUUUUCCGCCAGCCACCAGAAUGGCGACAAACAAGUCGUGUAUUGUCCCGUGGAGUAGGAGAAGGGGCAUGUUUGGCCAGCUAGCGCUAGUGCCCGAGAUUGAAGAUGCCAGAGAUUAUGGAAAGCUUAUCAAGUAUCUGAUCACCAUCCUUGUUGCCGCCGCCGGGUCGACAGCUACGAUGGCGAGCACCAUAUUGUUUCCUGCCCUAUCGGAGGUAUCUGAGGAAUUGAACUCGACCCAGGUCAUAGCAAACCUGUCGGUUGCCUUGUACAUGCUAUCGUUGGCGAUAUUCCCUCUCUGGUGGUCCUCCAUAUCCGAACGGAGGGGCAGGCGGACGGUGUACAUAGUAUCGUUUUCCCUCUUCACCAUAUUUUCAGCGUGCUGUGCAGUCUCGACCAGCAUUAGCAUGCUGGUUGUGUUCCGUGUCGCCUCCGGCGGCGCGUCGAGCAGUGUCCAGGCCGUCGGUGCGGGGACUAUUGCGGAUAUUUGGCAGGUCAGUGAAAGGGGGAAAGCUAUGGGUUGGUUUUACUUGGGCCCUCUCUGUGGACCUCUACUGGGACCAAUUCUGGGAGGAAUAUUGACUCAAGAGUUCGGAUGGAAGGGGACACAAUGGUUCUUGGCGAUUUUCGGACUCUCUCUGUUCUUCGGAAUGCUGUUUUGCCUCCCGGAGACCCUACGAAUCCAGGAUAAACCCAAGGAUAUACGUAUGGAGACACCCGAGCUCGGUGAUGGUAAGUUGCCCACAGGAGAAGAAAGGACUACGGAUCCACCAGGUCUACAAAAAACCAUCUCCCAAGUCUCUAGAAGAAGCUUGAGAAAGGGCAAACAAUGGAUCGAAACUGCAAAGAUCAUCCUGGUCGAUCCUCUGAAAAGCCUGCUCUACCUGCGCUUCCCGCCGGUAUUGUUAACUGUGAUAUAUGCCGGUGUAACUUUUGGAGCCAUAUACAUCUUGAACAUCUCAUUGCAAGCUGCCUAUUCUCAAGAGCCAUACAACUUCUCCCCACUCAUUGUGGGACUUUUGUUCAUCCCUGGCCCUCUCGGUUCCGUGAUGGCAUCGUUAGCGGGUGGCCAAUGGUCCGACACCAUAAUGCGACGGGCCGCGAUAAAGCGAAGGGCGGCUGCAGGCGGGGAUGAAAGCGCUCCAUUGGAGUACCGGCCGGAAGACCGCAUGGGAGUCAAUGCGUGGAUAGCAGGAAUUAUGCUCCCAUCUGGGUUGGUCUGUUAUGGAUGGAUUGUGCAGCAGGGGUACCACUGGGCCGCCCCCUUGCCCCUUGUCUUCAUCUUUGGAUUUGGAAGUAUGUUGGUGCUCGGAAUGACCACCACCAUGUUGACUGAGUUUGUCCCCGGACGAGCUAGUUCUACUGUUGCGGUCAAUAAUUUUGUUAGAAGUAUUUUUGCCUGUAUUGGGGGUAUCGUUACCGAGCCCAUUACAAACGCGGUUGGGAAUGGCUGGCUGUUCACAGUACUCGGCACACUUGCUUUAGCAGCUCUCAGUGUGAUAUGGGCUAUGCAUAGAUACGGACCCAAAUGGAGAGCCGAAGCUCACAAGUACAGCUUCAUGUGAUAAACGGACUCACCGAUAUGCCCCUGUUCAUCUGGGAUAGACUCUUCUCACUUCUUCUCCUUCUACCCAUUUCUGAUACUUGUUUUUUUUUUGUGCUCUCACCUCAUCCGUUUUCAUGGCUUUGAGGCCUUUGUUUAUUCAGAGCCUCUUCCCGGGCCAUUAUGUGGCGUUUAGGUUUGUAUAUAAAUUCUCUCGUAUUCUUCUUUCUUUGGUCAUGUUUGGGCGUGAGGGGAAAAUUGCAUAGAAUAUGUGGGGCAAGAAAUGACAAUAUAGUAAUGCUACGAUACAUAUAUUACUUGUAA